AACAGGUGAACACAUUACCACAAACUCUCAACACACACCCUGUGUGGAGUACAGGACAUACAUCAGGCAGGGAUAUCUACUUAUUCUAUAUGGUUCAUCUUAUGUCAGUGACCCUGCUCUUCUCAGGUUCUCAGUCAUCCAGGCCAUAGUAAACCGUUGGUGCUAAAGAAGGCAACUGGACUUGCUUGAAAUUCUUGAAGACUUUUCACCUCUCAUCCGAAAAGCUUCUUCAAUUCUGUCUGACUAGUGGGGAGUUCCAGGAUGGAUGUCUCAACUAUACCUCUUGAAGGCCCCGAAGAAGAAUGUCUACUUGAUAACCUCACGGGUGCAUAAGGUGCAAAGGUGAACAGGUGAACGCAUUACCACAAACUCGCAACACACACCCUGUGUGGAGUACAGGACAUACAUCAGAUAUGUUUCAUCUUAUAUCAGUGACCCUGCUCUUCUCAGUAGUAUGUGGUAUCGGGGCAGAUGUUCCUCACCGCUAUCACUUUGUGAAUGAGAAUAAAACCUGGAGUGAAGCUCAGACUUACUGCAGAGAGAAAUACACUGAUUUGGCCUCCAUCAACAACAUGGAAGAGAUGAUGAAGCUGGAUCACACACUGAAGAAGGAAACUGCAAAGCAAGCUUGGAUCGGUCUACAGAGAAAGGGCACUGGGAAAUGGCAGUGGUCUCUGGCAGACCAAACUUUCUACAGAGACAGAGACACUUACAGAAACUGGGCAAGUGGACAACCAGACAACAGGAGGGGAAUUGAGUUCUGUGUUGUCAUGUACAGAUCUAGUGGUGGAUGGAAUGACGCCCCCUGUAACCGGUUAUCCCCUUUUGUGUGUUAUGAAGAAAGGAACACAAGCACUGAUAGAUACAUAUUGAUUAAUGAGAAAAAGACCUGGAGUGAUGCUCAGAUCUACUGCCGAGAGAAUCACACCGACCUGGUUAGUGUGAGGAACCAAACUGAGAAUGAGGAGAUCAGGGGAAAGAUUCAAAGUUCAGGAGAUGACCGUGUUUGGAUUGGUCUGUUUCAUAACUCCUGGAAAUGGUCAGAUCAGAGUAAAUCAUCAUUCAGAUACUGGAGCUCUAACAAACCCAGUGGAGGUUUGGACUGUGCUGCAGUGUCUGUGUCUGAGCCACACUACUGGAGUGAUGUGAACUGCACAGAAAAGCUCCCAUUCAUCUGCCAUGAGAACAGACUGAUCUUGAUCAAACAGAAUCUGACCUGGCGGGAAGCUCUGAAUUACUGCAGGAAUCAUCAUUAUGACCUGGUCUCAGUGCGCACUGAGGAGAUGCAGCUCUGGGUGAAGGAGGUGGUUCAAGAUGCCUCCACUGAACACGUGUGGCUUGGCCUGUGUCACGACUGUGCCCAGCGGAUCUGGUUCUGGGUUUUUGGAACCAUGGUCUGCUAUCAGGACUGGGCCCCGGGGACCGGGACAUGGAAUGAAGACUGCAGCCAUGAGAAGAGAAGCGGAGCAGUUCAGUCUGGAGGACAUCAGCAGUGGAUCGACCUGCCUCAGAGCUACAAACUCAACUUCAUCUGCUCUACCUAUGAUGAAAUGUUUUGAGUGAACAUAAAGACUGAAGCUGUGGUCCACCAUCUGUAUCCAACAUCAGCAGAUCGACAGUACUGUCUCAUUUAUACUCUUCUAUACAUUACUAAUGUAAAUGUAUCCUCUUUAUCCAGAUGUUUCACCAAUUUCUUUUUAAUAUCGUAUUCAGUCAGUUCCACUGUCUCCAUACUGCAUGAUCUUUUCAUAUUAUCAGAGAACAUUACCUAUAAUAUUCUUGCUUUUCUUAUGAAUAGAGGGUUUAUGGGCAAGUAAGGUGAAAUCUAUUUGGAUUUGUAUUCUUCAGUGUGUUUGUUCUGUACAUUUUAUUUGUUUUUCAUCUGGAAAACAUCCCACAUUCAGAUCAUUUACACCCAUGCAGGAAGUUUAGAACACCUGGUCCUGCAAACAGUGAUUUUAAAAUGUUCAUUCUUGGUGAUGGGUAUACAGGUGUCAUGUGAUACAUUUGUUUUUGUUUUUUUUGUAUCUCAACAAAUGAGUUUAUUCUUAAGAUGUCUCCAUCAUCACAUGUUGAUGGUUUCUCUCCCUCUAAUUUCUGAGCACUUGCUUCUUAAUGUGUAAGAACAUGGAGGUUAAUGACUGUUCCUAAGUUUUCUAUCAUCUCAUCUCAUUAUCUCUAGCCGCUUUAUCCUUCUACAGGGUCGCAGGCAAGCUGGAGCCUAUCCCAGCUGACUACGGGCGAAA